CACUCUUAACUUCAUAUCACUUCACACCAAUUUACCAACCCCUCUCCCCCUAAAAGAAAAUCAAUACCUGCGAAUUGUCUUAGCUGGUUCUUGUUUGGUUGUUGAGAAAAUGCAAGAAAGUAAAGACCCUGGGAUCAAGUUGUUUGGUAAGAAAAUUCAUUUACCUGCUGAUGGAGAGAUUUCAACUCUCUCUGUUGAUGAAUUCGACAAGGCUCAGUGUGGGAACAGAGUAGUAGAUGAUGAAGACUUUGAAGAAUUUGAUGAUGAUGAUGAUGAUGAUGGUGGUGGUGAUGGUGAUGAAGAAGAAGAUGAACAGAAAGACAAAACAGAGCAGGAUUCUUUAGCAGAACAGAUUGCUGAUACUGGACAAGAAGAUGACAACAUCCAGCCGUCAAAUAGAGAGGAAUCAACUAAUCCAGAGACUUCGCCGGAGCCUAAUGUAAACCCGAAAACUCCCUCUAUUGACGAAGAAACCGGAAAAUCGAAGACCGGAAAGACUGAUAAAGAACAGAGUGAUGGUAGCAAAUCACAGGAGAAAACACUUAAAAAGCCAGAUCAAAUACUUCCAUGCCCCCGCUGCAAUAGCAUGGAUACAAAGUUUUGCUACUACAAUAAUUACAACAUCAAUCAACCUCGUCAUUUCUGCAAAGCCUGUCAAAGAUACUGGACUGCAGGUGGUACGAUGAGAAACGUUCCGGUAGGAGCUGGUCGUCGUAAGAAUAAGAACUCUGCCUCGCAUUACCGACACAUCUCCAUUUCGGAGGCUCUUCAAGCAGCUCGAAUCGAUGCUCCUAAUGCAGCACAUCACCCUGCCUUGAAAAGCAAUGGAAGGGUCCUUAGCUUUGGCAUAGAUGCACCCAUUUGUGAUUCCAUGGCCUCUGUCUUAAACCUUGGGGAGAAAAAGGUUUUGAAUGGUGCCCGAAAUGGAUUUCAUGGUCUUGAAGAACAAAGAGUUUCGGUUCCAAACAGAAGGGAAAACGGUGAUGAUUGCUCGAGUGGAUCUUCUAUCACGGUUUCAAACUCAAUGGAGGAAGGUGGUAGAAGUUGCAUUCAGGAAAAUAGGAUGGGCAACAUUAAUGGCUUCCCUUCACCAAUUCCUUGUUUACCUGGUGUUCCUUGGCCUUAUCCAUGGAAUUCCGCGGUGCCUCCACCGGCAUUUUGCCCAUCCGGAUUUCCCAUGUCAUUCUAUCCUGCUGCAGCCUAUUGGAACUGUGGGAUUCCCGGCACUUGGAACGUGCCUUGGUUGUCUCCUCAGUCAUCAUCCACUUCUUCAAACCACACGGCUCCAACUUCAGGUCCAAAUUCGCCGACGUUGGGCAAACAUUCUAGGGAAGGGGACAUGGCCAAACUAGAUGAUUCAGAAAAACAAAAGGCAACUAAACAGAAGAACGGAUGCGUUCUGGUUCCGAAAACUUUAAGGAUCGAUGAUCCGAGUGAAGCUGCAAAAAGUUCCAUAUGGGCGACACUUGGGAUUAAGAACGAAUCACUUAGUGGGGGAGGGCUUUUCAAGGCUUUCCAUCCAAAGAGUGAUGAAAAGAAUCAUGUAGCUGAAGCAUCACCAGUAUUGAGAGCAAACCCUGCAGCCUUGUCUAGAUCCCUCAACUUCCAUGAGAGGUCUUGAAAGCUAGGUUCUUGAUAUAUAGGCCAUAAACACUUGUAAAGCACUUACCGGGAUCGUCUCAUUGGGAGCUAGACAGCUGCUGCCCAGGACAAAGACCGGAGGCGGGCAUGGGAAAGGGAAGGAAAAAGGAGGGUUUAGUCCAAUUUUCCCCCACUAGGAUGAUGAGAAAAGCUCAGGGAAAACUGAUUUCUCUUGUUGUAACAGUACAAUAAACAGUAAAGAUACGGGUUUAGAUUUUAUACUUAGCGCUUGCUCAGUUUGUAUUCAUGUAUAUAUCUCUAUAUAUGUAAAAUACCAUAGUAUUGGAGAACUAUAUCUUUAGAUGUAUUGAACUAAAUUUUCAUACUGAAACUCAAGAGUGGAAGUCUUUUUCCUCA